AUGUUUUCAAUAUCAUUUUUAAAAUUUAAUUACAAUCAUAAUAAUUAUUCAUUAUUAUUUUCAUUUUUACUACUAAUCAAUUUAAUCACAUUUACAAAUGCUGAAUAUUAUCCUGCUGCUAAAUUAGUUGGUUGUUAUUCUUCUAUUUCAAAUACAAAUAGCCAAUCACAAGGUAAUUAUAAUUUUCAAUCUUCUGGUUAUUGUUCUCAUAAUUCUUGUCCAAAUAGUAUGUAUGUUGCUAUAAAGGGAGAAGAAUGUAUUUGUUUAAAUAAUUUACCAAAUUCAAAUACAAAAUUAUCAGAUUCAAAUUGUAAUGUACCAUGUGCUGGUUAUGAUUCUGAAAUGUGUGGUGGUUCAUCAUCUUAUUCCAUAUUUUUUGGUGUUAAUAAUAAUAACAAUGCUGUUAUUGUUAGUCAAGGUUCUUCAUCUUCUCCUUCAUCAUCAUCACCUUCAGGUACUGCCAAUUCUAAUAAUGCUAAUGCAGCUUCAUCUUCAACAAAUCAACAACAGUCUACAUCAAAUACUGGAACUACUACAGAAACAACAGCUCAAGCAACAAGUCAAACUCAAGAAAGAGUUACCAGUACAGUUACUUCAAGUGAUAAUAAUGGACUGGUUCUUUAUAAAACAAUAACUCAAACUGAUGAUUCUACUGAAACUCAUUCUUCAUCGUCAUCAACUACAUCAGAAACUUCUUCAUCAACUACAAACGAUUCAUCGAAUACUACAAAUUCAAAUUCAGAAUCAAAAAAUAAUAAUAAUCAUAAGAAAUCAGUAGCACCAAUUGUUGGAGGAGUAGUUGGUGGAGUAAUAGGUGCUGCAUUAAUUGGUUUAUUAGCAUUUUUCAUUAUACGAAAAAGAAAUGCAUACGAUGAUGAUGAUUAUGAUGAUGAAGAAGAAUUUUAUGAUGAUAAAAAUAAAAAUAGUAAUAAAUCAUAUUAUAAUAAUGCUAAUUUUACAAAUAAUAAUAAUGGAAAUAAUUUAGGAAGUGGUAGUAAUGGAUCAUUUAAAUAUUCAAGAAAAAAUUCUAAAAAGACUAAUAAUACAAAAAUAUCACCAUUAGAUAUGCCAAUGGUAAAUCCUUUCCAACAUCCAAAUGAUGAUUUAGUACUGGGAUCAAAAAGUGGUAAUAGAAAUUCAUUAUUUGGAUUAGGUCGUUUAAAAACUUCAAAUGGUGGUUUUAUUGAUCCAAGAUUAAAUCCAAUAAUGAUGGGUAGAAGAAGAUUAAGUGAAGGAUCAUUAGCUGAUGAAGCUGAUUAUUCGAGAAAAGUUUUACAAGUUGCAAAUCCUGAGUAA